CGACACACACAAACACCUAAAACCCCUAAUAAAACCCCGCAACACAUUUCUCAUUUCAUUUCUCUCAGACUCUCUCACACCUGCGUCUGCUGUACCAUGGCUUCAGUCGCAUUCAGAAACCCUAACGCUAAGCGACUCGUACCACUAUCUACUCAAAUCCACAACUCAUGUCGAAGUUCGAUCUCCUCUCAGUUCUCAAUUUCAGAAUCUGGAAAUGGGAGAGCUUCAAUCCCCAUUCCAUGGUGGAGAUCCAUGGCCACCUUCACUCGCACAAAACCUCAUGUUAAUGUGGGAACAAUUGGGCAUGUUGAUCAUGGGAAGACUACAUUGACUGCCGCAAUCACAAAGGUGCUAUCAGAAGAAGGGAAAGCCAAGGCUAUUGCCUUUGAUGAAAUAGACAAGGCCCCUGAAGAAAAAAAGAGAGGAAUCACCAUUGCCACGGCCCACGUGGAGUAUGAGACUGGUAAAAGGCAUUAUGCACAUGUUGAUUGUCCAGGACAUGCAGAUUAUGUUAAAAACAUGAUCACUGGAGCUGCCCAAAUGGAUGGCGGUAUUCUUGUUGUAUCUGCCCCUGAUGGACCCAUGCCACAGACGAAGGAACAUAUUUUACUUGCACGGCAGGUUGGUGUGCCUCAACUUGUGUGUUUCCUAAAUAAAGUUGAUGCUGUUGAUGACCCAGAGUUACUGGAACUUGUGGAAAUGGAGCUCCGUGAGCUUCUUAACUUCUACAAGUUUCCUGGGGAUGAAAUCCCUAUCAUCCGAGGUUCAGCUUUGUCCGCUUUACAGGGUACAAGUGAAGAAAUAGGAAAAAAGGCAAUUUUAAAAUUAAUGGAUGCUGUAGAUGAGUACAUCCCCGACCCUGUACGCCAACUUGACAAGCCUUUUCUAAUGCCAAUUGAAGAUGUUUUCUCAAUUCAGGGACGUGGAACUGUUGCCACUGGUCGUGUUGAACAAGGGAUAAUUAAAAUCGGUGAUGAAGUUGAGGUUUUAGGUCUGAUGCAGGCUCCUUUAAAAUCUACGGUGACUGGUGUUGAGAUGUUCAAGAAAAUCUUGGAUUGUGGACAAGCUGGUGACAAUGUGGGUCUUCUUUUACGUGGUUUAAAACGAGAUGAUAUACAGCGGGGACAGGUAAUUGCUAAACCUGGUACCGUGAAAACAUACAAGAGGUUUGAGGCGGAGAUAUAUGUCCUCACAAAGGAAGAAGGUGGACGUCAUACUGCUUUUUUCUCGAACUACAUGCCUCAGUUUUACAUGAGGACUGCAGAUAUCACUGGUAAGGUAGAGUUGCCAGAAAAUGUUAAGAUGGUUAUGCCUGGGGACAACGUGACUGCUGUUUUUGAGCUGAUUUCACAAGUUCCUCUUGAAGCAGGACAAAGAUUUGCCUUGAGGGAAGGAGGUAGAACAGUUGGUGCAGGGGUAGUUUCUAAAGUGAUUAGCUGAGAUAUACCUACCACUAGCGGAUCUCUUGGGCUUUUUCUGCCCGGUGGUUCGGAAGAAGAGCGUUUAAAAAAUUCUGGAUCCGUAUGUUGGAAAUUCAUUUCGUUGGUAAUUGCAAUCACGGGUGAUAUUUGGUGCGAGAUCUGUUCUUGGCAUUAUUAAAUAGACUACUGGCACCGAAAUUGAACAUAAUUUAAAGAAAACUCACCUUCGGUGUUCCUUUGUAAUUCAUAAAUAAAUAUUUUUUUUGCUGAGCAGUACCAAACCUGAUGCUGCUAGACUGCUAGUGGAGGGUUCUGAACACCAAGCUAAUAAUUUUUGUUUAAUUUAAUGAUUAAUUUUUUUGGUUUCUU